UUGGCUGAUUUGUUGAGACUCACAUGUAGAUGCAAGGCAGCUGAACAGUACAGUGCCCAAAAAGCAAGGGCUUUAUAUCUGGAGCAAUAAUAAAUCCCUGGUGAAGCAGCUAAGCCAAACUCUUCAGUAUACUUUACAGACUUUCACAGCUUUGCAAAUAAAUAUGUUGUUUUUCAUUUGGAUGGUGAUGGGGGCAGUUUGGGUAUUGGAGGCAGCAGAAAGAUGCCCAGAUGUUUGUGAAUGCUCUCAAAGAGCAAGUGUUGAACGAACGGAGGUAGACUGCCAAAAGAAAGAUCUGAGAUCCAUCCCACCUACAUUACCCCAAGAUGCAUGGAUUCUCAAAAUGGGUGAAAAUCUCUUACAAGAACUUCCAGCAAAUGCCUUGAAAGCAGUUCCAAAAAUUGAAAGUAUAAACCUAGAACGUAAUGAAAUCAAAUCCAUUCAUCCCCAAGCCUUUUUAGGAGCCAGAAAUCUAAUGCUGUUGAACUUGCAUGGAAACCAGAUUUCCAAACUCCCAUUAAAAGGCUUUCAAGAUCUCAUCAGCCUACGUUUCCUUAUAAUGGGACAGAACCAUAUUACAACAAUCAAGCCUGAAAUUUUUGUUGGUCUUAGGAACUUGUCUGAUUUGGAUCUACCAUUAAAUUCUAUUACAUCCCUUCCUCCCAAUGGAUUCAGAUCUCUCACUGCUUUAAAGGUUCUGGAUUUGGCAGUCAACAAGAUACAAAAGAUUUCCCCAAAAUCUUUUGUUGGUCUGGGAGAGCUCCAGUUUCUCAACCUGGAUAGCAACAAAAUUAAGAACAUUCCCAGUGGAACCUUUAAGCCCACAUCUAAGCUGGAAAUGCUAGUAUUAGACAAUAACUUCAUUAGAGCUCUAACAGCCUCAAUGUUUGAGGGUCUGCCUGAGUUGCAGGAACUGUACAUGAGGAAUAAUGAGAUUAAUAGACUACCUGAAGAUGUGUUCAAACACAUUCCUAAGAUAACACAGCUUGCCUUAAGUGGAAACAGACUGAAGACUAUUGAUGGCAACUUACUUACUCAGCUGCCUGCUCUUAAGGAAGUUUAUAUGCAUGAUAACCCCUGGGCAUGUGACUGCAACAUGAAGUCUUUAGUUCACUGGAUGUCAAAGACAACUGUCAAUCUAUCACCCCUUGAAGCUCUAAAGUGCACAACUCCCUCAGAACAAAAGGACAAAACCCUCAACAAACUUCAAGUGGAAGAUUUAAAGUGCAAAAUUUAAAAUGUGUCCCUGAAAUAUGUAAACUUUCCAAAUCAUAUAACUACAGCACAGUAUUUGUAUUUGAGUACAAAAUGAAAUUUCAAAAAAGCUUUUAAGGGGUGAAAGGAUAAUUUAAAAUGCUACAAGUUGAAAUUUUGCCCCAAAACAAAUGAUAAAAUGCACAAACGGUCAAUUCAAUAGAUCAGUUUUAUGGAAUUCAAUCCAGAUAAACUGAGACAACUUUUUAAUUGCUACAACAAACCAUUGAAAUUACUCAUGUAUUGUAUGUAUAUAACAAAUAUCAAAGCAAUGAAAGAGUAAUUUUUAAUGACUAACAAAAACAAACCACGAACCAAUGAACUCAUGAGUCAGAUCUACUGGCUGAAUGCAUUCCUGAAUCAGAGUUAACCUCAUAUUAUUCCUUAAUGGCAGAAUAAUCAAUUUCUCAACAGCGAGGCAUCACAGGCAUUAUAUUUAAACCUAUAGGUGAUGCUAUGGUACAGUUUGAGUUUCUGCUGUUAGACUUCCACUUAAGCAGAAAUACACCUUGCAUUGAUAAGUGUAAGCAAAUUUAGAUCGGAAAGCAGUAGUCUUCUUUUGUAUAACCAGCAGUUUCAUUCACAAUUUAAACAAUACAUUUCAGAAAAAUACACUUAAAUACUUGGUCACUGCAGAAAUAUUUAUCCAUCCAUUAUCAGAAAGCCACUUACUCUGUACUAGCUGUUGUAUGUUGUUUUGCUAUGUUGUGCAUGAUGGUUGGCUGUGACUGUCAUUAUUUACUGUUUUCUAAUGUGCUGUGCAUGAGAAAGGCAAGAAUAAGAAGUCCAAUGUUAAUGAACAUAUGCAAAUAAACUCCU